UCUCAUUCUCCUUUUCAUUCAUCUAAACUACCUUCUUCACUUCAACAUUUUCUUGCACACAAUCAUUCCAUCCAAACAGCUCCUAAUUAUUCUUCAUCAAAAUGGCUUCCAAACGUCUUUUGGAUGAUUCUGAUCAAGACAAGCACAAACGUAUCAGAACUACAACAACACCUUCUUUUGCUUCUGUAAUAGGAGAAGUUGUUAUGGUGAAAAACAUGCAAAACCUUUUCUCUGGCUUGGAACCAUUACUUAGAAGAGUGGUGAACGAAGAAGUGGAACGAGCAAUGAGACAAUGUUAUCCAUCGCGAUCGAUGAUAACAAAGUCACCUUCAUUGAGACUUCAAGCAAUGGAACAUCCAUCAAGUUUUCAAUUCAUUUUCAAAAAGAAGCUUCCUCUUUCAAUAUUCACGGGUAGUAGAUUACUAGACAUGGAUGAAAACUCAAUCAAUGUCAUUCUUGUUGACAAAAGCAAUGGCCAAAAUGUUCCUACAAGUCUACCUCACCCAAUCAAGAUAGAAAUUGUAGUUCUUGAUGGAGAUUUUCCAUCUAGUGAAAAGGAAUCAUCAUGGACUAGUGAAGAAUUCAAUAGUAAUAUUGUGAAAGAAAGAAAUGGGAAAAGGCCAUUGCUUACGGGAGAAUUGAAUCUUACUAUGAGAGACGGAAUUGCACCAAUCGGAGAUAUUGAAUUCACCGAUAAUUCAAGUUGGAUUCGUAGCAGAAAGUUUAGACUUGGUGUUAGAGUUGCUCAUGGGAGUAAUCAAAAUGUUCGAAUCCGCGAAGGCAUGACCGAACCCUUUGUUGUUAAGGAUCAUCGCGGAGAAUUGUACAAGAAGCACCAUCCACCAAGUCUAAACGAUGAAGUAUGGCGUUUAGAGAAAAUUGGAAAAGACGGAGCUUUUCACAAAAAAUUGACUGCAGCAAAGAUCACGACAGUUCAACAGUUUCUCAAAUUAUCUGUAGUUGAUCCUCAAAGACUCAGAAAGAUAUUAGGCGUUGCAAUGUCAGAGAAAAUGUGGGAUGUAACAAUGAAACAUGCAAAGACUUGUGUCAUGGGAAGCAAACUAUAUGUGUACCGUGGGCCCCAGUUUACCAUUUAUCUGAAUGCCAUAUGUCAAAUGGUUAGAGCUUAUACCAUGAAUGGCCAAACCAUUCCCAACAGAGACAUCAACAAGAGCUACAUACAAAACUAUGUGAGAGAAGCAUAUAAUAGAUGGAAUGAGUUGGAGGAAAUUGAUGAAGCUUUGAAUGAGAGUUUGGAACCAAGUCAAUUUCAAAACAAUAGUAAUCAUGGAGCAUCAGUCAUAGGAUAUGAUCAGCAUCAGUAUUUUGGUGAUAAAUGUAUAGAGGGUGGAAAUUAUUUAGGAAACAAUAAUGCUAAUAAUAAUAAUAAUAAUGCAGAAAUAGGGUGUAUAGAAUGGUCACCAUUUGCCACGUCACCAUUCAUGAAUGGAAUGCCUUAUAGCUUCUCAGAGUCACAAUCAGAUGGUGGUGAUAUAACACCUUCAAGUUCAGGACCAGUCAUUGGUGGAGCCUCCUCUUCAAGAUGGUAAUAUGAUAAGUAUUUUGAAGAAUCAAAUUAGUGUUAAGUGUUGGCCCAAAAAAAAUGGUUUAGCCUAGGUUGGGGUCAUUUUAGUCUUUCUCUUAGUAGUUAGGUAUAGUGAUUUUCUAGUCCCAUUUUAAGGUUGUGAAAUAUGGGUCUUUUUUUCAACUUCUGCACACAAAAAACUGCAAACCUGCCUUUACUGGCCAGUGUUGAUAUGUGUAUUCAAAAUUUCAGCAAUUACAAUUUGAAAAACAGCAAAGCAAUUACAAAGCAAUAUUUUAAUUAAGAGCAUGGGAAAAGUAUUAAAAAUAAAGUUGUUGAAAGACCGAUCCCCUAUAAAUCAACAGAUACCGAUCCCUUAUAAAUCAACAUCUACAUCUGUUGAUGCUCUUACACUUGAACAACAUAUUUAUAAAUAAUGUUUCU